CUAUAUUUAAUAAAUGAAAUAAAAGUUGAUAAGCUGUUUUUAGUUAUAAUGUAUUUUUCUAAAAUAUGACCUCCCCCAAGCAGAAAUAAACCCUUCCUGACUUAGAUCAAUACACUGCAGACUGUGACGCAAUAGCUAAUGCACCUUUUCAUGGCUUCAUUCAUUUCCACUACAGGCAUUCUGAAAUGUUAUUUUCUCCUUGCUUAUAGCAUUUAUCCUUUGGUAAAAACUUUUGAUAAACAAAUAGUUUGGAAAUUCAAACAUUUUAUGUAGAAAAGUAAGUUGAGAAGGAUUGUUACAAUUUUGAGGAAAAUUCUGAAAACAUGAUUCAGUCACAUAUACUUUUUCAACGAAUGAAAGGUCUAAAUGUUCCUAAACAGAGACCGUCUGUAUUUUGGAUUGAUUCUCUGAAAGCUUUAUGGAAUUUAGUUCACCAUCUUCAUUAAAGUAUUAAGAAAUGUCAGUAUUGAAAAUGGAUAAAGUAACUAAAUUUACAAUAUGGAAUGUUUUUUAAAUUUUGUUCCCAUUCAAACAUAAAAUAGUUGUUAAAUGGAAAAUGAAUGGAAAUUGAUUGAAAAAUAUACUACCUCCAGAAAGCCUUUUUUUAUUAUUUAAAAAAUGGCUUUUCUGUCACCCAGCUUUCAAUGUUGUGCCCAUCGUGGAUGGUUUGGAUCUAUUUUAAAGCAGUGUGAUGCACCAGAUUGUUGUUGUGGUUGCUGUUCUGCUCUUAGACCUAGAUAUCGAAGAUUAGUUGAUAAUAUCUUUCCUGCAAAUCCUCAGGAUGGAUUGGUUCGAAGUAAUAUGGAAAAACUUACAUUUUAUGCCUUAUCUUCACCUGAAAAAUUAGAUCGUAUUGGAGAAUAUCUUGCAUGGAGAGUUUCAAGAGAUAUUUCAAGGCAUAGAAAUGGGUAUGUUGUUAUUGCAAUGGAGGCUAUGGAUCAAUUGUUGAUGGCUUGUCAUGCUCAGAGUCUGAAUUUGUUUGUGGAAAGUUUUUUAAAAAUGGUACAACGCUUGCUUGAAUAUCAUGCACCCGAAAUGCAGCUUUUAGCCACUCAAUCUUUUAUUAAAUUUGCUCAUAUUAAAGAAGAUACUCCCUCUUAUCAUCGUCGCUACGAUUUUUUUGUUUCAAAAUUUUCUUCCCUUUGUCAUAAUAAUCAUAAAGAUCCUGAUAUAAGAAAUAAAUUACGAGUUGCUGGACUAAAAGGGCUUCAAGGAGUUGUAAGAAAAACAGUUAGUGAUGAUUUGCAAGUCAAUAUUUGGGAUGAGGCUCAUAUGGAAAAAAUUAUUCCUUCCCUUUUAUUUAAUAUGCAAGAUCACUAUAGUCAACCAACCGAAACCCCAGAUUCCCCGCAGGAAGAAACUAAUCCUUGGACACUUGCCGAGAACUGUUUGAGGGAAUUAAUGGGACGAGCAACUUUUGGUCAUGUUCGUUCUGUGAUGAAUCCUGUUCUGAAACAUUUAGAUAAUCAUGAUCUUUGGGUCCCUAAUGAUUUUGCUGUUCACACAUUUAAAAUUAUCAUGUAUUCAAUUCAGGCCCAAUAUUCUUAUGCAGUUAUUCAAAUACUGAUGGGACAUCUUGAUGAGAAAACGAAAGCAAAUGGCUAUCAGAGAAAUAAAAAUGUUAGCAAGUCUCGAACAGAUUCUAAAACCUGUACAGAGACCAAAGUUCGUACGAGCAUCGUGAAUGUGUUAUCAAAUAUUGUUUCAAUAGCUGCAGGAGAAAGCAUUGGUCCGUCAGUUUUAGAAAUAUUUAAUUCGUUAUUAAAUCAUUUGAGACGAUCUAUUGAUGUUCGAACGACUAACGAAGCCGAUUUGCAAGACGAAAAAGACUUUCAGGAUGCCGUCAUUAAUACUCUUGGUGAAUUUGCUAAUAAUCUUCCAGACUUCCAAAAAAUAGAAAUUAUGAUGUUUAUCAUGAACAAAGUGCCAUUACUUAUGGAUGAUUCUCAUGAAGCAGAUGUUUUAUUACAACAUAUUUUAUUAAAAAGUUUGCUGAAGGUGGGCACAAAAUAUCGUACUGUUCAAAUGGCCCAAACGUUUUCAUCAGCUUUUCUUCAGCCACUUCUUCAGAUGUCCCUUGCACCUGAUCCAGCUGUACGUUUAGUUGUUCAGCAAAUACUUCAUACUUUACUCGAUCGUCAUGACAAUCUUCCAAAUCUCCUUGAACCAUGUGUUAUUGAGCCAUUUCCCCAGUUAAAUGUUGAAAAAUGUUCAAGACAAGAUUCAAUGUUUAUGAAGAAAGUUUGUCCAGAAAUUUUAUUACAUAUUUAUGAAAAUAUUCAGUUAGGAAAUAAUUCUAAAGAAAACUUUAGUGCACUAUACACUACCUUAGCUUUGUUAUGUAUUGAGCUUGGAAGCGAAGAAGCAUUAAUAGAAUUGCUUCGCAUUACAUUUGCAUUGCAGGAAUUGCCUUCUACAAACACUAGCAUGUCUUCUGCACAGCGAAUAGCUAUUCAUCAUAUUGUAGCUGGUUUCUUAUAUUUAAUUGGACAUCUUACAGCCAUUCCUGCUUUGUGUACACAUAUUGAUCAAGUAAGUAGUUGUUUUUCAUUCAUAGAGGUGAAUUCUUCAUAUUCAUGAAUGCUUUCUUCUCUG